GUGUGUGUGUAGGGUGGGGGUUUCUCUGGGCCCCUCUUUUUCUCGUUUCCUUGGUCACCCUGAUGGACGCACACACACACUUUUGCUAUGGCGGCCUCAGAGACGUGCAGCACCGUGCCUGAGUCUCCUGAACCAGAGCCCUGUGACGGACCACAACUGGACCAGGACCAGGAUCAAAACCAGAACAAGAAGGAGGAGGAGGAUGAGGACGAGGAUGAUGAAGGAUCUGAACUUCAGAACCAGGAACCUUCGGAUCCGGAGUGUGUGGAGGAGAGAUUCCGGAUCGACCGGAAGAAGCUGGAGCUCAUGCUGUACGCUCCUGCAGAAGGUUCUGGACUGUCAGGCGAGGAGUUCUUCGAGAAGGUGAUGAGAGAAACACACACGCAGGUGAAAUGGCCGUCCAAGCUGAAGAUCGGUGCAAAAUCAAAGAAAGAUCCUCAUGUUAAAGUGGAGGGGAAAAGAGCAAAUGUUCUGGAGGCCAAACGGAUGAUUUUGGAGCUUCUUGAGACUAAGGUGAAUAAAGUCACGCUGAAGAUGGAUGUCACGCACACGGAGCACUCUCAUGUGAUUGGUAAAGGGGGCGGGAACAUUAAGAAGGUCAUGGAGGACACUUCGUGCCACAUUCACUUCCCUGAUUCCAACCGGAACAACGGCACAGGAGAAAAGAGCAACCAGGUGUCAAUUGCCGGGCCGGUUCAGGGAGUGGAGUCUGCACGGAGACAGAUCCGGGACCUGCAGCCUCUGGUGCUGACCUUUGACCUCCCUGUGACCCUUGUUGGGGGUGUGGUGGCCGAUACGGGGUCGCCAGUGAUCCAGCACGUGGCUCAGGCAUUUGGAGUGAGCGUGAGCUUCAGAACACAGCCCAAACUCUACUGCAGCACCUGCAGCGUGAGAGGAGUGCAGGGAAACACUGCUGCCGUGAAGAAGGCGACCUGCGUCCUCAUGGAGCUGCUGCUGGGCUCGGGUUUGACGGGAGUGAUGGUGAGCACACAGCUGGACGUUACCUCACAACAACACCUGUUCCUGUUGGGUCAAAACGGAGCGAACUUCCUCACUGUGAUGCAUCAGACGCACACUCAGAUCAUCCUGCCCGACCUCAGCGCUCCACAACACACACCCUCGCUCCUCAUCCAGGGCACGGCCGACGGAGUGUGUCUCGCUCGACAGCAGCUGAUGGACUGUCUGCCAGUCUGUCUGAUGUUUGAUUUGAAGGAUGAGGGAGAUUCUGACCCUCGGAAACUCGCUCAGAUGAUGCAGAACCUGGGCGUUUUCAUUAGCAUCAAACCGAAGGUCAAGCAGACAGCAAAGUCAGUGGUUGUGAAAGGUUUGGAGAGGAACAUCGUUAACCUAUAUGAGGCCAGACGUCUGCUGCUCGGGCUGGACUCCAGUGAGGUAUCUGUGACGACCAAGAAUUUGUCUGACGUCUCUGUGACGACCAAGACCCCUGUGGACCCUCUGGUGGCCAAUAAUGGAAUCACAAGCUAUUGGCUCAAUUUGUUAAUGCAACAACUGUGCCUCACUGAGACAGGUGCUGUGCCCUCUCCAGACGCUGUGAUUGGCUCGCUCUCUGGGAAGCCCCGCCCCACACCACCACCUGGAUUGGCUGUUUCCUCAGAGGAUGGACGGAUAGGACUCAAAGGAGUAGAGUCUAAAUUAGAGAAGAUUCCAGAGAAUGACGAUCAGCAGACACAAGCAGAGAUGGAGCACUGUGGCACGCUACAUGCAGAGGUGACAGAGGUUAGAGAGGUCGUUGCCAAGCCAACUGUCUCAUCAAGGAGAGGCAGCCAAUCAGAGGCCUCCAGGGAACCAAACCAGCCGCUCACGUCUGAGAGGUCAGUGAGAGUGGAGGUGGAUGGUGUUUAUUUGAACAGAGACAGACGCUGUAGUCUCAGAAUAUUCCCCUCUGUCGACCCUCAUAAUGAGGAUCAUGAAUAUGAGAGAAAGAAGCUUCUGGCAAAUCAAGCCAUGCAGCAGAAGCCCGUGGUGACUGAGGUUCGGACCCCCACGGACACCUGGAGCGGCUUGGGCUUCUCUAAAUCGAUGCCCACCGACGCUGUGCGCGAGCUGAGAGCCGUGAGCCGACGCUGCUACAGACCCUACAACAACCAGCAGCAGUUGUGGAGUUCACAGAGUGGAAAGGAACGUGUUUGGAAUGGCUCCGACUCAGAGAACUGGAGAGAAAGACGUGGAUCUCUGUCUUCAUCACCACCUUCAUUAUUAUCAUCAUCAUCAUCAUCAUCAUCCUUUUCUGCCUACAGUUUGUCAUCAGCCCGAACAUCAGAGGGCUACCUGACCAGCUCUGAGGGCGGGGCUACAGUGUCCAGACAUUUGAUUGGCAGCUCUCCCAGUUCCACCCACACAGAUGAUCUUAUAGAGUUACUGGCACAGCUGGGUCUGGAGAAAUACAUUGAUAUUUUCCAACAACAAGAGAUCGAUUAUCAGACGUUCCUGACGCUCUCAGAUGAGGAUUUGAAGGAAGUGGGCGUAAAGACGUUUGGAGCACGGCGGAAGAUGAUUCUCGCCAUUACAGAUUUGAGUAAAAAGAGGAAAUUUCCAGAACCGCCCACUGUGAAGUCUGGAUACCUGGAGGGCGGAGCAAGCGGACGUCUUCCACGAAUCAUGGACGAAGACGUGGCUGCCAAGAGUAACCGCUGGUGACGGCAUAACGUGAACGAAAAAGACUAUAGCAUUUCCUAUAAUGCACCUGGGGCUGGUUUGUGCUUUUUGUCAUGUGGCCCCCUUAGGGACCAAUCAAAGUAUGACAUGAUAGAUGAUUUCCAUAUAAGACAGAGAGGACAGAUGUGCUGUGACUCUCAGAGGAAACAUGCGGAGAAGUGUGACCUUCAGAAUGAACCGACUGCCCGUCCAACACUAAUACUUAGUAUGCAAGUCUGUCUCUCUGACUCUGUCUACCUCCAUUUCUCUUUCUACUGCUGUUCUAUGCAAAACUUUAUUUCCUUUGUGUAUUGUUCAAAUAUAAGAAUGCUUUCAGACAAUGUUUAAAUUUGGAUCUUCCAUUAAAUGAGAUGCAAAA